AUGAGUCAGCUGGCGAUGUGGCAGCUAUCAGUGGACCCGCAGUCAUGGGAAUACAUGAGGCAGGUGACACGUGGUGUGGCCCAGCUGCUGGACGGACGUGACGUCACACAGACGAGCCUGGCCGUGGUGCGCAACCAGAUGGCGCUGGCAGACGGCAACGCUACCUUCUUCAGGCGCACUGUGGCCAGCAAUAUCGCUUACGGUUGCUGGGACGCCCGCACUGAUGACAUCAUUUCUGCCGCCAAGGAGGCAGGCGCGCACGACUUCAUCACCGCACUGCCAGAGGGCUACGCCACAGUGCUGGAUGGGCGGGUGCCGCUGACGCCGUCGCAGCGGCUGCGGCUGUCCCUGGCAAGAGCCGUGCUGCGGGAUGCGACAGUCCUGCUCGUUGAGAACCUGCGCAAGGUCGAGGACGAUGACGCAGAGGCGCAGCUAGUGGAGGCAGCACUGCGACGUGCCUGCUUGGGCCGCACUUGCGUACUGGCAUGCCAGCAGCCACAGUGUGCUGCAGUGCGUGCUGCACAGUGGGUGUGUGUGAUGCGUGCUGGUGCCAUUGCCGAGCAGGGUCCUGUUGCCUUCUUAGCUGCCAGCCGUUCGCUGUAUCGGCGACUCUGCUACAGUUCUAAUGUCGACUGA